GGCGCAUGCGCGGUGAGGUAAGGUGGGGAAGGGACUGAGGAUCACAACAAACAGACGGAAGAUGGCGGUGGCGGCGGGCGGUUCUGGCCGGUGCACCUCGGUCCUCGGCUUUGCCUUGGUGGCAGCGUUUGCUUUGUGCUCCUUCAUCAAGGUGUCGCUGGCUUCCGAUGCGUUCGAGGCAGUUUUGGGAGAUACGGCGUCGUGUCAGAAAUCCUGCGAGAUGACCUACGCACUGCACACUUACCCGAAGGAGGAAGAGCUCUAUGCUUGUCAAAGAGGCUGCAGGCUCUUCUCCAUCUGUCAAUUUGUGGAUGAUGGCGCUGAAUUGAACAGAACCAAGAAUGAAUGUGAAUCUGCAUGUGUUGAAGCAUAUAAACAGCAAGAUGAGCAAUAUGCUUGCAACUUGGGAUGUGAAAACCAGCUGCCAUUUGCUGAACAGAGACAGAAACGGCUCAUGUCUAUGGUGCCCAAAAUCCACUUUGUUUACCCUAUCAGCAUAAUGUCGGCUUUCUGCAGUGACUUAAUGAACUCGGCUCAGAGCUUUUUCACCUCAUGGACCUUCUACCUGCAAACUGAUGAUGGCAAAGUUGUUGUAUUUCAGUCUGAACCAGACGUACGACUCGUGGUUCCACAACUUGAGCUGCAAACAGACAAUGUAAAAGAAACGUCUCAGGCCCUCUCAGACCACAUAGCCAAGGCUCUUUAUGAUGAUACUCGCAAAGCUUUCAGAAGGGAACAUGGGACUGGUUUGUAUUUGAAAGAGGGUCGUGAACAGGAAAAUCAGAGUGUCUUGGAGUGUUUGUCAAGGAAUGCAGGGAUACCUCGCUGGAUCUUAACUACAACUCUGGUGCUCUCUGUGUUGGUACUUCUGUGGAUCUGUUGUGCUACUGCUGCCACAGCUGUGGAGCAGCACAUUCCAUCAGAGAAACUGAGCAUAUAUGGAGACAUGGAGUUUAUGAAUGAAUUGAAGCUAACUUCAUAUCCAGCUUCAUCUCUGAUUGUUAUCAAAUCCAAGGAUGAAAAGGAAAUGGCUGGACCUUUGCCUACCAAAGUGAACCUAGACCAGUCAACAAUUUAAGUGAUCAGGAUUAGACUUGGAUUCCCCUUGUGUUCUGAAAUUUGAAAUAGUGUUUUUUGCCAAAUGUCUGGUUGAGGUGAAUUUUCAAAAUAAAGAUGUUAUUGUCACAUUCCUAGAUAUAAACAAUAAUUCAACUUGAUCUUGGGUAUGGACUGUUUUAUGAAAGUUAUGAGCUAUAGAACAGUUGUUUGUUGCACAACAAUCUUGUGAGAAUGUCUGAACUUGUUAGCAGCUGAACUUCUCAAUCACACUGGUGUACAGAUUAAAUGUCAUUGCUUGUAACAUUUAAUAUGAUGCAUUUUCUAUUUCAACUAUUGAAAUGGACAUUGAUUAAAACUUCAAGUAAAUUUAUGACCUAAAUGUAUUGACAUUUUUUCCCUCUGCAUCAUGACAUUUCAUGCUCUUGGAAAGAGAUGCUCACAUUUGCAUUAUGUAAAUAUUGAGGUGCAAUCUUGAAGAACAGUUUAACUUAACAGUAACUCAUUGAUAAACCUUCUGUAGCUUUGAUUUUGCAUCUUGGCAGAGUUUGUUUAGAGCAUUUUAAGCUAAUUUUACUGAGUUACUGUGAAAUUUUUACUUUAUUGUAAUCAAACUUGAGCUUUUGUAGUUUUUGAUCCAAAAGUAAUAUUUCUUCAUGGGUUUUGUGGACAAGAUUUUCUUUUGCUCAAGAAAUAAUACAAUAAAUAUUGGUUUGUACACCCUU